AUGGCACCACCACGCGACUCUCCGGGAGAGAAGCUACAUCAGAGUCUCACAAUCGAUGCCCUUGCGGCAUUUGCUGCUGCCGUACUGGUUACGCCAGCCGUGACAGUCAUGGACAGGGUCGUCGUGGAGAAGUCGUGCACUGUUCGGCCCACAAUGGAUAUUUUGAAGAAACACGCAAAGUCGCUAUUCCAGAAGCCUCGUCUCUUUGCAUCGUCGCGGCCGUGCCUGCUGGUGUUCGGGCUCUACUUUGGCACAUACGGCACAGCCAACUUCGCCACCUCGGUAGCACACUCCGGGUUCCUGGACCUCGAACCGGCAGCUGCCAACACAUUAACCGUCCUGGCGACAUUGUCCGCAAAUGUCCCUCUUGGGAUCUACAAGGACACUGUCUUUGCCCGGCUCUUUGGGUGCCCUAAAUUACCGGGUCCGGCACCCGGCAAGCCGUUGCCGAUCUCCAUCCCUCCACCGACGCCCCGAACACCACUGUCCACUUACAUCGGCUUCCUCGUUCGUGAUAUCAUCACCAUUCACACUUCUUUCACUCUCCCGGCUACCUUAUCCUCCUCCAUUCCCGACUCAUUAAUCCCAGACCCGCAAUCGAAGGCUGUGCUGGCGCAGCUGUUCGUGCCCGUGCUGGGCCAGAUAAUCAACACGCCAAUACACCUAGUCGCCCUUGCAAUUUACAACAAGCAAGGCUCGCUGACUAUGUCUGAGGCGUUAACGACGUUACGCAUGAAUUUGGUUCCUGCGUCCCUGACGCGCAUGAUGCGCAUCAUCCCGGCUUUUGGGUUCGGGACGCUUACGAAUAAUGAAGUCCGCUUGGCGUUACUGGAUAGACUGCAUACGGCGGAGGAUUUGAGGGGGAAUGAUUGA